AGAGCAGGUUGUAUUAUAAAGAGGACAGAGCUGUCAAACUGCCUGUUGCCCAUACUGCCCCAGAAGCACACAAGAGAAAGGCAGGCUAUAAACUGAGCUGCUGUAGCAAAUGACAGGAGAAGUGCAAACGUAGUGAAAGGAGACUGCCAUUCUCAGAUCCAGGAUCUCACUUGGACAUUUCAAAGGACUACACAGAGGACCUACUUCCUUCUCAACGGAUCCUUUGACUUUUAAGGCAGCCCUACCUACAGAUGUGGACUUCAGGUAGAAUGAGCAAUGCAAAGAACUUGCUUGGACUUGGUGUCUCCUUGUAUUUUUGGGGACUGAUGGACCUUACAACAACUGUGCUGUCAGGAAGUGCCAGGCCCCUCGCUGAAGGGCAAGAAGACAACCUGUCAGACAAGCUGCAUCAGCGCAUGAAGCGGAGCUGGGUGUGGAACCAGUUCUUUGUUCUGGAGGAGUACACAGGAUCUGACCCUCUCUAUGUUGGGAAGCUCCACUCUGACAUGGACAGGGGAGAUGGUUCGAUCAAAUACAUCCUCUCAGGAGAGGGAGCUGGCAUUGUGUUUACAAUUGAUGACACGACAGGGGACAUUCAUGCCAUUCAGCGACUGGACCGCGAAGAAAGGUCACAGUACACCCUGAGAGCACAAGCUCUGGACAGGCGUACAGGCCGGCCAAUGGAACCAGAGUCAGAAUUCAUCAUCAAAAUCCAGGACAUCAAUGACAAUGAACCCAAGUUUCUGGAUGGACCUUAUGUGGCCUCUGUUCCAGAAAUGUCACCUGUGGGCACUUCUGUUAUCCAGGUGACAGCGACAGAUGCUGAUGACCCAACCUACGGGAACAGCGCAAGAGUAGUGUACAGUAUUCUCCAAGGACAACCAUAUUUCUCUGUGGACUCUCGGACAGGCUUAAUUAGGACAGCUCUAAUGAACAUGGACAGAGAAGCAAAAGAAUAUUAUGAAGUGAUUAUCCAGGCCAAGGACAUGGGUGGACAGCUGGGAGGAUUAGCUGGAACAACCACAGUCAACAUCACCCUCUCUGAUGUCAAUGACAAUCCACCCAGAUUUCCACAGAAGCAUUAUCAGAUGAGUGUGCUGGAGUCUGCUCCCGUCAGCUCCACUGUGGGUCGUGUGGUGGCUAAAGACCUGGACGAGGGCAUUAAUGCAGAGAUGAAAUACAGCCUGGUGGAUGGAGAUGGACUGGAUGUCUUCGACAUUAACACUGAUCCUAGUUAUCAAGUUGGCAUCAUAACUGUGAGAAAGCCUUUAAGUUUCGAGAGCAAGAAAAGCUACACCUUGAAAGUAGAGGGUGCCAACCCCCACCUGGAAAUGAGGUUUCUGAACCUGGGUCCCUUCCGUGACACUACCACUGUCCAUAUCACAGUAGAGGAUGUGGAUGAACCUCCUGUGUUUGAGCCCAGCAUCUACUUUGUGGAAGUGCCCGAGGAUGUGGAGAUUGGAACCACCAUACAGAUCAUUUCUGCCAAGGACCCUGACGUGACCAACAACUCCAUCAGAUACUCAAUUGACAGGAGCAGCGAUCCAGGGCGGUUCUUUUAUGUCGACAUUGCAUCAGGAGCACUGAUGACUGCGAGACCUCUUGACCGGGAGGACAUUUCUUGGCACAACAUCACUGUGCUGGCCAUGGAGCUGAACAACCCAUCGCAGGUGGGCAGCGUCUCCGUGACGGUGAAAGUCCUGGAUGUGAACGACAACGCGCCGGAGUUCGCCAGGUUUUAUGAAGCUUUUGUUUGUGAAAACGCCAAAGCAGGGCAGCUGAUCCAGACAGUGAGUGCUAUUGACAGGGAUGACCCACAGGAUGGUCAGCACUUCUACUACAGCCUGGCUCCGGAGGCAGCCAACAACCCCAACUUUACUCUAAGGGACAAUCAAGACAACACAGCGUGGAUUUUGACAAGGCGCUCUGGCUUCAGACAACAUGAGCAGAACACUUUUUACCUCCCCAUCCUGAUCAGCGACAACGGCCGCCCAGUGCUGAGCAGCACGGGCACGCUGACCGUGCACGUGUGCAGCUGCGAUGAGGACGGCAUGGUGAUGUCCUGCAACGCCGAGGCCUACGUCCUCCCUGUCAGCCUGAGCAGAGGGGCACUCAUUGCCAUCCUCGCCUGCAUCUUCGUCCUGCUAGUGCUGGUGCUCCUCAUCCUCUCCAUGCGGCGCCAGCGGAAGCAGCCGUACAUCAUUGAUGAGGAGGAGAACAUCCAUGAGAACAUCGUCAGGUACGACGAUGAAGGCGGCGGGGAGGAAGACACAGAGGCCUUCGAUAUUGCUGCCAUGUGGAACCCACGGGAGGCCCAGCUGGUGGUAAAAAACCGGCAGGACAUGCUCCCAGAAAUAGAGAGCCUCUCCCGAUACGUGCCUCAGGCGUGCGUCAUGGACAGCAACGUCCACAACUACGUGCUAGCCAAGCUGUACGAAGCUGACAUGGACCUGUGGGCACCUCCCUUUGACUCCCUCCAGACGUACAUGUUUGAAGGGAACGGCUCGGUGGCAGAGUCGCUCAGCUCCCUGCAGUCGGUGACGACAGACUCAGACCAGAGCUACGACUACCUGACGGACUGGGGGCCGCGCUUCAAGAAGCUGGCUGAGAUGUACGGUGCCACGGACAGCAGCGGGGCUCUGUGGUAACGGAUGGGGAAUGGCAGAGGGGUUUCCAUGUGAAGCAGUGUCUGGUUAGGUCCAUUCUCAUCAGAUGCUUCCAUGGACGUGGGUGAGGCCUCCUAAAAAUUAGCAAUACGGUGCUUGGAUGAGAAUGGGAAGAAGGGUGCGAAUGAAGGUCUCUCUGGAUCAGCUUUACUCCAUUAAGUUAAGUCAUGUUUUUGAAACAGUGAGAAGCAGAAGAAAGAAAGUUUUUUUUCAUUCCACAACUGGAAUAAAAUUACAUUAUUCUCUAUCUCCCACCCUCUUUCUUUCUCUCCCAUGUACAUGGCAGCUUACUGAGCUCUAUCUAUCUAGGUUCAAAGAUCUGCAAACUACAACUGUAAUCUCUGACUCACUGAGAAAUUACCAACAUUGGAAAUUGGUUCUUCAUCGGUUAUUUUUCCC